AUGGCGCGCUCCUUUGAGAUCAAGGUGCCGUGCACCUCGUCGAACAUUGGCCCUGGCUUUGAUGUCGUGGGACUGUCGCUCUCGCUCUACCUGACGCUCAGCGUGAAGAUCGAUGAGAGCGCGAGCAAGCACACCGCGCCGGUGCUGCGCUACACCGGCCAAGGCGCGAGCGACGCGCCGCUCGACCCCUACCGCAACCUGAUUACGCGCGUCGCGCUGUACGUGCUGCGUGUGAACCACAUUAGCAACUUUCCGGUGGGCGUGACGAUCGACGUGGACAACGCGAUCCCCUUUGGCCGCGGCCUCGGCAGCUCGGGCGCGGCAGUGAUUGCCGGCAUCCUCCUCGGCAACGAGCUCGGUGAGCUGAACAUUUCGCGCGACCGCCUGCUCGACUACGCGCUGAUGAUCGAACGCCACCCCGACAAUGUGACCGCAGCGCUGGUCGGCGGCUUUGUCGGCUCCUACCUCUUGGAGCUCACCGGCGAGGCGGCCGAGGCGACCAAGGUGCCCCUGAGCGAGGUCCUGCCCGAAUACCCCCCGGACGCGUCCGUGAGCUGGGGCCGCGAUCCGCCGACGCCACCGAACGGCAUCGGCCACUACAUCCGCUUCGGAUGGGCAAAGGAGAUCAAGGUCAUUGCGAUCGUGCCGCACUUUGAGGUGCUCACCGCCGAGGCGCGCCGCGUGCUGCCCGACACCUACUCGAAGCAGGAUCUCGUGUUUAACCUGCAGCGCCUCGCGGUGCUCACGACGUCGCUCGCGCGCUCGCCGCCGGACGUCAACCUCAUCUUCCAGGCAAUGCAGGACCGCGUGCACCAGCCGUACCGCAAGCACCUGAUCCCCGGCCUGCCGCGCAUCCUCGCGUCGGUGACGCCGACAUCGCACCCUGGCCUCCUCGGCAUCUGCCUGUCGGGCGCCGGCCCGACGAUCCUCGCGCUCGCGACCGACAACCUGGAGCACAUCGCCGACACGAUCUGCGCCGAGUUCAAAAAGGAAAACAUCACCUGCGACGUCAAGUUCCUCGACGUGAUCGAGCAGGGCGCCACCGUACAGCAAUCCUGA